GCGCUUACGACGACGACAGCAGCGCGGGCAGAGUCGCGACUCUCCACGACACGCGGGCUCUCGUUUUGCUGAAAAACUCGCUUACUCGUUACUUCAGUCUCCUCCUCGCUACGUCCUCGUCGCAAGGCCCGUACACGCAGGAGCGCGAGCUACGUCUCAGGGCGCUGUUCCGUCGAUCGCGAUCGGCGCUGGAUAAAAUCGGCGGAAGAAAGAUCGGCUGGAUGUCGAGGGCGUGAGGUCGAGAAGGAGGAAAACCGAGCGGAAAAACCCGGCGCGAGUCUGCGGCGGCAACGUCGACCUGCGUAGAUGCGCGCGUGUGCGAGCGAAGCGAGUGAAGCCGAAGUGGUCGACCAUGAGUAUCGCUCGGCGUUGAAGAUCGUGCGUAAGUGAUCGUAUUGUGCCGCAGCGCGUGGCUCAUGCGCCAGUCGAAAAAUCGGUGAGAGGCCGAGACAUGCCCUCACCAUCCGGUAAUGAUACUAGAGGAGCAGCAUCAGAGCCCCGACGGCAGCAGCGGAGCCAUAGUCCGGCCGGCCUCGAGCAACGAUGACGAGAACCUGAGCAGCGUCCAGGUCCAGCGGGGGGAGAACGAUGGCGGCCCGGCCGCGCUCCAGCUGGCCCAGCUGGCCUCGAGCGGCUACAGCAAUCAGCUCGCCGCGACGACCAGCACCAGCUCCGAGUACGACGAGGACGAGGACGACUCGUCCUCGGGCUCGAGCGUCGCCGAGGACGAGGACAUACCCAUGGACGAGCUAGGCCAGCGGGGCUGGAUCGAGAAGCAGCGGAUGGGCUCCGAGGUGAACGGCGUUGCUCUGCCGGGCUCCGACGCCAUCCAGAUCGGCCAGCUGCACGCCACCAACACGCAGAACAUGCACAUAGGCCAGCGGGUCUUCAUCAAGAGCAAAGGCGACGUGAUCAUCAAGUCGGUCAACUACACCGCGCCCAUCAGCCCCGCGGACGAGCAGAAGCAGGCGCUGGAGAACGGCUCGAUCCACUCGGACAAGGACGGCAUCGGUAACUUUGGAUCGACGCUGGGUCCGAAGCUAUCCACCGCCACCGACACCUCCGACAAUCCGCUCUAUCCGUCACCCCAUGGCAGAGUAGCGGAAUGGUGUCUGACAAGGAGGUGUACAAUUAUCAUAUGCGUCACAGCGUUGGUCCUACUGCUGAUAACCGUACUUGCCGUUUUGUUAUCGAACACAGGUACGACAAAUGCGACGAUUCCACCCUACAACCCGGCUUCACCAAACGAUACGUCAAUCAAUAAUGAUCCAACAAUAUCUGGCGUGUGUUUUGUGACCCGAGUCGAAUGGGGAGGUCGACCUGCUAACGAACCACCCGACAAGCUCAUACAGCUGCCACCUCUCUACGUGAUAAUCAUUCAUACGGUGACAAGAUUCUGUUACACUCAGGCACAAUGUGCACCGAUCGUCCAGGAAAUCCAGGAACUACACAUGGAUAGUUGGUUAUGGGACGAUGUAGGCUACAACUUCAUGAUCGGCGGCGAUGGUCUUGUUUAUGAAGGUCGAGGCUGGGACUUUGAGGGAGCUCAUACUAAAGGCUUCAACAACAGGAGCUUAAGCAUUGCAUUAAUCGGCACUUUCACCAGAAUGGAGCCAACAAAAGCACAGCUAUACGCGACUCAGAAGUUGCUUGAGUACGGCGUGGAGAACGGCAAGAUAAGAAAUGACUACAGGUUAUUAGCGCACAGGCAGUGUAUGGAAACAGAGAGUCCUGGAGAGAUGCUGUACAAUAUCAUUAUUAAGUGGAAACAUUGGGUACCCUCGCCGUGAAGACCAGUUGAAUACAUACCAUUUUAUAAUGUAGAAAGGAUGUUCUGUAAGCCAUAGAAAUGUGUGACCUAUUUCGAUUCAUUAAUAUACUAAUUUACUAUGUAAUUAAAGAGCGUGGAACAAUCUAUGCAAUGUUUAAAUGUACUAAUAAUAAACCACCUACUUUUCCCAAGAAAGAACUUACAAAAAUGAAAACAAUCAUGCAUCUAACGUUUGACCAAAAUGCAUUCGAAGCAUUAAAAUUAAUGCAGGCGUUAUGUUAGGCAGGUUCAAUUGAAAAUAUGCAUGACGCUCAAGCUAAUAAAUGGUUGGCUUAUAAAAAUUUUAGCUUGUAAUAUGCCUAUUUCUGCAAUCUAUAAAUGCAUACAAUACAUUUUUCGUUUUCUAUCACGUUUACAUUCCAGUUAGAUCUGUUCAAUUUUUCCUAUACGUACAUAUUAGAAAUAUGCAGUCGCUUCACUUGGACUAUGUUUGCAGAUAACAACGAUAACCAGCUGUUUGUGAAACGAUCUGAAUGGGGAGGUAAGCAACCUCGUAAAGCAGCCGAAAAAUUACGAGUUUACCCACCAGAGAAAGUGGUAAUUAUUCCCACGGCGACAAAAUUCUGCAAGACUAAAUUUGAGUGCAGUCGGAUAGUAUCUAAUAUCCAGGAAUAUCACAUGAUCAAGCUGAACUUUGAUGACAUCGGCUACAACUUCCUUAUAGGAGACGAUGGUCGGAUAUAUGCGGUACGGGACUGGGGGGUCAUCGGUCAUCAUACUCAUGGCCAGAACAACGUCAGUAUCGGUGUUGCUUUCAUUGGAAAUUACCAGUAUCGAAGCCCAAUACCUCGGCAGGUUGAAGCUCUACAGACACUUUUCGACAUGGGACUUCAGAAAAAAGAGCUUGCCGAGAAUUACAGAGUUAUGGGUCUCAGGCAAGUGAAGGCAGGCGCCUUUAGUCCUGGUAAUGGGCUGUACAACGUCAUGAAAAAAUGGCAACGCUGGUCUCCCAUUAACUAGUAUCAAGACUCUACUAAUAAAAAUGUACCAAAAAUGUAUACAAAUAUAAGUAUGUACAAUUACAUCAUAUGAGGCUAGAAUAGGAAAAAGAAAUGGAUUUUUAAAUUCAUUUGAUUGAGCAAAAGCUGAGCUGUAAGUGUAUACAAAGGCACAUACAUCUAUGGGGAGCUUUUCUAAAAACACGUAAUUCAAAGCACCAACACCUUUGAAGAAAUGUGCCUUGAAAUGGCACGGUCUACCGAAACUUAAUUCGACAGGCCAGUAAGGCGAAAUAAUAACUCUUGAUGUGGAGUAAAGUAUUUAUAUUUUCUCUGGUAUAUAAGGUAAUCUGUAGCUGUCGAGCGUUCGAGAGAGACUGAUGCUUCGAGAUUUUGCUGUCCUCGGUCUGCUGGGGGUAGUUUUGGAGAGGGAAAGUUUUGCUUGCUAGAAUAUCGGAGGGAAAUGCAUUUUAAUUGGCGGAACGGUUUAGGAGGAGGAGUUUUGGGCCUGAAGGAGUGUGCGUGCGGGUUUUUCCGAAGUCUUCCAAAAAAGUGUCCAGAUGUGGGCUUGAGUCGCGCGCGGGGCGCGCGUAGUUGG